AUGGCAAGCCCCACCACUGGCUACUCCAUAAACGUCAAUGACCCCAGCUUGAUUUCGCUCGUUAACAAGCUUCAAGAUGUCUUCUCCACUGUUGGCGUGCAAAACCCGAUCGACCUGCCUCAAAUCGCCGUCGUCGGAUCGCAGUCCAGUGGGAAGAGUUCAGUAUUAGAGAAUAUCGUGGGCCGAGAUUUCUUGCCUCGUGGCUCUGGAAUCGUGACGCGCAGACCCCUUAUCCUGCAGCUGAUCAACAAGACCCCCCUCUCAAACGGUGAGACCAAGUUGGAGACGACGGAUACCGAGUCCAAUGUGAACGAAUAUGGCGAGUUCCUGCACCUCCCCGGCGAGAAGUUCUACGAUUUCAACAAGAUUCGCGAUGAGAUCGUGCGCGAAACGGAGACCAAAGUCGGAAAGAACGCCGGCAUCUCACCUUCCCCGAUCAACUUGCGCAUCUACUCCCCCAACGUCUUGACCCUGACUCUCGUUGAUUUGCCCGGUUUGACCAAGGUGCCCGUCGGAGACCAACCGAAGGAUAUCGAGCGUCAGAUCCGUGACAUGGUUCUCAAGUAUAUCAGCAAGCCCAACGCUAUCAUCUUGGCCGUCACUUCGGCUAACCAAGAUCUUGCCAACUCGGAUGGCCUGAAGUUGGCACGUGAGGUGGAUCCGGAGGGUCAGCGCACCAUUGGUGUGUUGAGUAAGGUCGAUCUGAUGGACGAAGGAACCGAUGUGGUGGAUAUCCUCGCUGGACGAAUUAUCCCCUUGCGCCUGGGUUACGUGCCUGUGGUCAACCGUGGCCAGCGUGAUAUUGAGAACAAGAAGCUGAUUUCUUACGCUCUGGAGAACGAGAAGAACUUCUUUGAGAAUCACAAGGCUUACCGCAAUAAGGCUUCCUACUGCGGUACACCAUAUCUGGCACGCAAGCUGAACUUGAUUCUUAUGAUGCAUAUUAAGCAGACACUACCGGAUAUCAAGGCUCGCAUCUCUGCCUCCCUCCAGAAGUAUACCGCGGAGUUGGCUCAACUGGGCGACUCUAUGCUUGGCAACAGCGCCAACAUCAUUCUGAACAUCAUCACAGAAUUCAGCAAUGAGUACCGCACAGUAUUGGAGGGAAACAACCAAGAGCUAUCUAGCAUUGAGCUGUCAGGUGGUGCUCGUAUUUCCUUUGUUUUCCACGAACUCUAUGCAAAUGGUGUCAAAGCUGUUGAUCCUUUCGACACUGUGAAGGACAUCGACAUACGCACCAUUCUUUACAACUCAUCCGGUUCUUCGCCCGCACUGUUCGUCGGAACCACUGCCUUUGAGUUGAUCGUCAAGCAACAGAUCAGACGCUUGGAAGAGCCUAGCUUGAAAUGUAUAUCGCUAGUAUACGACGAGCUGGUGCGUAUCCUGAGCCAGCUUUUGAGUAAGCAGCUAUUCCGCCGCUAUCCCAUGUUGAAGGAGAAGUUCCACGCUGUCGUCAUUGCCUUCUUCAAGAAGUGCAUGGAGCCUACCAACAAGCUCGUCAAGGACUUGAUCAACAUGGAAUCCACCUACGUAAACACCGGCCACCCCGAUUUCUUGAACGGACACCGCGCCAUGAGUCUUGUAAACGAGCGUCAGGCCGCCGCCAAGCCCACACAGGUGGAUCCCAAGACUGGCAAGCCUCUUCCCAAUCGUGCCCAGAGCCCCUCACUCGACACCACUGGCGAGGCCACCAACAACAGUGGGUUCUUCGGCAGCUUCUGGGCUUCUAAGAACAAGAAAAAGAUGGCCCUUAUGGAGGCUCCUCCUCCAACUCUCAAGGCUUCAGCCAGCUUGUCUGAGCGCGAAGCUACCGAGGUUGAGGUUAUCAAACUUCUGAUCACCUCUUACUUCAACAUUGUCAAGCGAACAAUGAUUGACAUGGUUCCCAAGGCCGUCAUGUACACUCUUGUCCAGUUCACCAAGGAUGAGAUGCAACGCGAACUUCUCGAGAACAUGUACCGCAACAAUGAGCUCGACGACCUCCUCAAGGAGAGCGACUACACCACUCGCCGACGCAAGGAAUGCCAGCAGAUGGUCGAAAGCUUGGGCCGCGCCAGCGAGAUCGUCAGCCAGGUCCAGUGA